CCUCCUCGUCGGGCCGGGCACGGCGGGCCGGGGCCUUUGUGUGAGGCGGCGGCGGCGAUGGUGCUCGGGCCCCGCGGAGCCGGGUUAACUGUGCUAGUAAGGAGGCAACUUCACAGGAGCUGCUAAGAUGGGCAUGAGGAUCAAACUGCAAAGCACCAACCACCCCAACAACCUGCUGAAGGAACUCAACAAGUGCCGGCUCUCUGAGACCAUGUGCGAUGUCACCAUCGUGGUGGGCAGCCGCUCCUUCCCGGCCCACAAAGCCGUGCUGGCCUGCGCGGCUGGCUACUUCCAGAACCUAUUCUUGAAUACUGGGCUUGAUGCUGCCAGGACCUAUGUGGUGGACUUCAUUACCCCCGCCAACUUUGAGAAGAUUCUGAGCUUUGUGUACACAUCAGAGCUCUUCACGGACCUGAUCAACGUUGGGGUCAUCUAUGAGGUAGCUGAGCGUCUGGGUAUGGAGGACCUCCUCCGGGCCUGUCACUCCACCUUUCCUGACCUGGAGAGCACUGCCGUGGCCAAGCCUCUGACUGGCACCAGUGAGAGCCACUCGGGUAGCCUGAGUUGUAGCGCAGCAGAACCCACCCAGCCCCUUGGAGAACUGCGCGGUGGUGGGGAGCACUUUGGUCCUGAUAGAAAUUAUGUGUUACCUAGUGAUGCUGGAGGGAGCUAUAAAGAGGAAGAGAGAAAUCUUACCAGUGACACUAACCAUAGCCUGCCUCUGCCACAGCAGCCACUGCCACCAAAGACAGAAGACCACGAUGCCCCUGCUUCUUUCUCGUGUGUUCCUAGUAUGGUGACGCAGCCAGUCCUAGGUGCUAUCAGCAUGGGCAUCCAGACCAGCACGAGCUCCUGCCAGCCAUACAAAGUUCAGAGCAAUGGAGACUUCAGUAAAAACAGCUUCUUCACCCCUGACAAUGCAAUAGACAUUACCACUGGGACCAACUCCUGUCUGAGCAAUAGUGACCACUCCAAAGACCCAGGCUUUGGGCAGAUGGAUGAGCUCCAGCUGGAGGACCUGGGGGAUGAUGACUUGCAGUUUGAAGACCCCACCGAGGACAUCGGCACAGCUGAGGAGGUGAUUGAGUUGAGUGAUGACAGUGAGGAAGAGCUGACUUUUGGAGAGAAUGACAACCGAGAGAACAAGGCUAUGCCCUGCCAGGUGUGCAAGAAAGUUCUAGAGCCCAACAUUCAGCUGAUCCGACAGCAUGCUCGUGACCACGUUGACCUGCUGACAGGCAACUGCAAGGUCUGUGAGACCCACUUCCAGGACCGAAACUCCCGGGUGACCCACGUUCUGUCCCACAUUGGUAUUUUCCUCUUCUCCUGCGACAUGUGUGAAACUAAGUUCUUUACCCAGUGGCAGCUGACCCUCCACCGGCGGGAUGGAAUAUUUGAGAACAACAUCAUUGUCCACCCCAAUGAUCCCCUGCCUGGGAAGUUGGGUCUCUUUUCAGCCUCUGCAGAGUUGAAGUGUGCUGCCUGUGGAAAGGCAUUGGCCAAAGAUUUCCACAUAGUCCGGGGCCACAUCCUUGACCAUCUAAACUUGAAGGGCCAGGCCUGCAGUGUCUGCGACCAGCGCCACCUCAACCUCUGCAGCCUCAUGUGGCACACGCUCUCCCAUCUCGGCAUUUCAGUCUUCUCCUGCUCUGUCUGUGCGAAUAGCUUUGUGGACUGGCACCUCCUGGAGAAGCACAUGGCUGUGCACCAAAGCUUGGAAGAGGCCCUCUUCCGCUGCCACUUGUGCAGCCAGAGCUUCAAGUCGGAGGCUGCCUAUCGCUACCACGUCAGCCAGCACAAAUGCAACAGUGGGCUUGACGCACGGCCUGGUUUUGGGCUCCAGUACCCAGCUCUCCAGAAACGGAAGCUCCCGGCAGAGGAGUACCUGGGUGAGGAGCUGGCUCUGCAGGGCCAGUCUGGGAACAGCAAGUACAGCUGCAAGGUCUGUGGCAAAAGGUUUGCCCACACAAGCGAGUUCAACUACCACCGGCGGAUCCACACGGGCGAGAAGCCAUACCAGUGUAAAGUGUGCCACAAGUUCUUCCGAGGCCGCUCGACCAUCAAGUGCCACCUGAAGACACACUCGGGGGCCCUUAUGUACCGCUGCACGGUCUGCGGUCACUACAGCUCCACCCUGAACCUCAUGAGCAAGCACGUUGGCGUGCACAAGGGCAGCCUCCCGCCCGACUUCACCAUCGAGCAGACCUUCAUGUACAUUAUCCAUUCCAAAGAGGCCGAGAAGAACCCGGACAGCUGACUGGGUCCCAGCAGAGCCGGGGGAGCUCCCGGGCGGCAGCCGGGACCUUGGUUUUCUAAUGGCUGUUGGUCCCACCCCAGCUGAAGUUACAAUUUUGCCUUGCUAGGAGUUCUGUUCUGUUUUGUGUUUAAAGAAGAAAAAAGAAGAAAUAGCACAUGAGCUGUUACUGUUUUUGAGAAGCAACGGCCCUAUCAUGUUUACCUCCUUACCUGUUCUUGCCCAUGCAGGGCUGUGUUUUUGAUUCUUUUGAGGCUGGUUUGGGGAAUCUCGUCAGGCAGGGGGUGUCCACUAGAUCCCCUUCUCCAGCCUCUCAAGUUUUAGUUUACUGAUAGGUUUUAUGCUGCUAAGAACCCAACCAAUAGCCUCACUGAAUAGAGGAGGUGGAGAGAGGUUUUUACUGUGGGUGUUAUACUGCCAGACCUCCAACUGGGACACCUGCGGUGAGAGGGAUUUGGGGAAUGUGGUCAUUCAGAGAAGACUAGUGGGCAGGGCAGCUCGCCUCAGGUUCCAGUCCCUGCCCCCAGCAGGGAAAAGGCGUCGGGGAUGGAGGUGCCUGCUGGUUCCGUGACUCUAAUCGGCUGAGUGGACAGUAGAAUCUUUUGGCAGCUAGAUCCAAACUGGGGACAAAGCUUUCUAUUUAGGUCAGGAAGCUUUGGGAUGAAUCCUCACCAGCCAGAAGAGGUGUCUUGCAGUGCUGCCAGAAGUGGCAGCCUGGACGGACAGGAAGGGAGGUUUCUCUUUUCUCCUUAAUUCCAAAGAAACGCAAUUUUAUGGAGUGAUAGCCCAGGACGUCAGGCCUUCCCUGUGGGGCAGAGAGGACGGGGAGCCACUUUGAUAUAGUCAUCUGUCCUCUGGCCACCUCAUGGACCUUGAGUUCCCUGGUGGAGAGGUGGGGGUGUUGCUGACAGUAGCAGCCUUGCCUUAGUUUAUAUCCAGUCUCCCACCUAGAAGUCCAGUCUAGGUGAGAAGAGCCCAUGAGAUGGUGCAGUGGUGGAUUGUGAGCCCUUCAGGAUUAAAGGGACCCCCUGAGUAGCUGGUGGUGUGUAGCGGGAUGUGCGUUCUGUCUGUCCCAGUCAGAUAAUCUGCUGUUGACUUUGUGUUAACUGGGCAGGAGCUUUGGCAGCUCACCUUUGACCUGCUGGAAUUUUUCCUGAUCUGUCAUUGCAUCGCCACCAGGGGGCGCGAUUGGAUGGCAGCUGGUUCAGGCCUUCCCUAGGUGGCCGGGGAAUGAGUCUGCCCAGUCCAGGGGGCUGGUCGGCUCCGUUCUUAGUUGGCUUUUUAGAAGGUCUUGCCCAAAGAAGGCUUGAGGGAGAGGGCCCUGGGCUCUCGCAUACUCACAAGGUGGCACCUCAGUCACUCAUACUACCUCACCCUGCUCAGGCGAGCUCUGGGAACCACAGCCUCUGCCCUGACACUGCCCCUGGUGGGACUCAGCAGCCCCCUGGGCUGUUUCACAAGCAAGUGGUUUUGAUUAACUCUCAAAGCCUUUUUGGACAUUAAUAUUUAUUUAUUUUUGUUUUUGUAUACAUAUUACUCAGCAUCUUGUUUGGAUAAGAGACUUUAGGAAAGUGAGUUUCUCCCCAGCAAGUAGCCAUAUUCCAGGGGGCAGUCCUGGCCAGAGACUUGGGAAACAGGGGUUAGAACUAGGGGAGACCGUGUCAAGCCUUGAAACAAGCAAAUUCUCUUCUUUCUCUCCAGAUUUUCUCUUGCAGAAUAAACCCAGGGAACUCUUUAGGUAACGGAUGUAAGUUCUAGAAAGUUGAGGCUUGUUAAAUUCCUAGGCCUUUCAUCCCCCUUCCUUCCUGUGAUUGAGUAGACUGGGGACUGGGUUGAGGGGAUCAGGUCACAUGAAGGACCUUUUUGCAUGUUUUCUCAUCCUUCCUAACCUUGGAAAGCUGUGUUAUGACCUACAGGCAGAACAGAGCUCCGCCCCAGUGGGCCUGCUGCCUCUCCCAGCUCAAAAUUGGUAAAGCCUCCGAGGGAAUGCACGGCUCUCUGGUCGGGUGACCAUUACAUGAAGGGACUUGUACAAGUGGCUCCCUUUCACCAUCUAAACCCAACUUGUGGAAUGUUCCCUCGGGACAUUCCUGUCAGGAAAGCAGUGCUGAGACUUUCCUGCCCUGACUGGCCCACACUGACCCUUAGAAAUUUAAGAAGGAAAAUGUGUGGAAGACUAUGGUCUGCUAAGCUGUUGAAGCCUGAGUGACCCCUCGCAGACUUGGUGAGGGCUGCCUUUUGAGUGGCUGGGUUUGAGAGUGAACCCAGCCAGGUAGCUGAGAAUGGAUCAGGAUGCUGGAGAAACCCUUUUCCUUAACAGAGGGCCUCAAGGAUGCUGGGUAGUCUGUAUACUUAACCUGAAACUGUGAAGUUUUCCCUUUUUGCCAGUAAACCAAAAAGCAAAUCCUUGAAACUGCCCCUGAAACACUAAACAAGAAACUGCACCCCCUGAUCCUCCUGAGGCCAAGGGGUUGGUCAGGGUGGCUGGUUGCAGUCAGACUGUGGCAGGGUCAGUAGCUCAUGAGGCUCACUGACUGAACCCUGUUCCUCCGUGUUUCCCUCAUGUUCACAUGUGGCCCUCCCUCUGUGUGGGGUCAGGUUUGCUGCCUCUGUCUCCAGCUCACCCUUUUCCCAACUUUUACUUGAAACACUGCUGGGGCAAAGGGCCCUCUAGGAGACCUGGUGGAGGGCAUUCAUUUCCUUUGGAGUUGUUUAUUUUCCAGCCUUCUGUUCAUUUGAUUUUGUUGCCCCUGCGGCCCUGGAGCCCAGUUGAGCAGUCUCCUGCUGUAUUGUUCCCAGGUUCUGUUUGACCUUUGAUGUCUUUUCUUCUCCUUUUUCUUAUUCUGUACUCAGGACUGGCUACACAAUAUGCAGAGCCCUUUCUUUAAAAAUAAUUAAGAAUUUCAAGAUGGCGACUGUAGAGCAUUAAACCAAGCACGAGGCCAUUCCCUGAGGGAAUUGGCCAAACACAGGCCAUUCCCUGUGUUUCCUGAGGGAAAAGGGUAAUACUUUCUGGCACGCUGGUUUAAACAGCAGAGGCUGCUUGUGGCCAGAGGAGGGAGGCUGUCCCGAUGCUCCUGUGACCCAUUGAUGGCUCACUGAUGCCACAGCACUCACUGCGAAGCUCUGCUCUACGCUAGUAUUUGGUCCUAAAUUUUAAGACUCCGUGGAGUCUAUAGUUCAUGGCUAGUUGGGAAGAAAGGAGGUAGGGGUCUAGCCCAGGUGACCCCCAGGAACCAGGUAAUGGGUAAAAGUUCUUUUUGACUUUCUUCUCUUCUGAUCUAUCAGCACCCUUUUGUCUCCACAGCAAGCCUUUGGGCUUAAAUACCUUCUCCCCAGUCAGGUUUUGCUACUGAUGAAUUUUUUUCCUUCUCUGGCCUCCUGCUGUGCCCUAUUCCCCAGACUACUCAACUUUGGAAAUGAAUUUCAAUCCCUUUAUAGAUGGUCACUGACUUUGUUGGCAUGGAGUGGGCUGUGUGGAGAAGUCUGCCCCUCUGUGAGGCCCCACACAUCCUUUGUCCUAAAUCCUGCACUCAAUGAGUCAGGAAGCAGGGUACAGCAUUCUUUUCAAUGUGAUACUCAUCAUAAACUUAACAUCAGAAUGAAAAUGAACCUUUUGAUUUCGCUGUUUCUUUAACACCCUUCCCCUGUCCAGUCCACCCUCCCCUCCCACCUCUACUAGCUAAAGUUUCUUAUGAAACCAAGAAGAGUUGUUGACGUCUAACUCCUUCCAUUAAAUUAAUGAGUACUGACCUCCUAAUAUUUAAGUGUUUACUAUCUAUUGCUGUAAAGUUUUGUAUAUUUUGUAAACUUUUUUUCCCAAAUAGUAGAUGUCUAAAAUCGUUGUACAUCUGAUUCUUUUAUAUUCCAUUGUUCGGCACAAAGUGUGGUUUUUAUUUAGAAUAAAAAAAGGACAUUUGAAAUGGGA